AUGAGCCCAAAGCGCGCUCUUGCCAAGCUCCGCAAUCUCGCGAAGUGGAACAGGUCGCUCGAUCCAUUCGAUUACUACGGUGUCGUGCGCACAUCAUUCCCGGUGGAGGUCACGGACGAGGAAUUGCUCGUGCAUUUGCAUCGCACGCUGAUCGAGGCCAGGGUUGAGGCGGCGCAGCGUCCACGGCCGGAAUCACAGUUCUUCUACGUCUGGGACACCGCAGCGUACAAGAAGUUCCAGGAAAUCCCAUCCGAGAGGCAUCCGCUCUUCCGCUGGGUGGAGGAGCGGCUAGAACAGGGCAGGAUCUACACCACGGCCGAGGAAAUGGAUCAAGAACAGGGCUGGCUGCCGUGCUCGGUGCGUCCAUCGCAGUACGAGGUACGUCGCGUGACCAGGAAAUAUCUGGGAUUCGAGAGCACUCCAGAGGAGCUGGACGUCGGGCUGGCGGAUUUGAUCCAAGCGCGUGGCAUGAAAGAAGAUUUCGUGGAGCGGCAAGGCCUGUUCGUGACGGGAUCGCGGGUUUUGAUCCGAGAGGCUGUGGUCUUGCCCGAGAUCUGGAUGAGGCUCCUCAAAUAUUUCGAGGAGAGUUGCUUCUCCAACGAGAGAGUCUUUGAUCUUCCACAGCUACGACAGGUUUACGAGUGUGAGGGGAAGCCGGCAGAGAUGUCGAUCAACGAGCACUUUGGGAUGGAUUUGAGGAAGGAUGUGAUGCUCUUCCAGCCCAGCUUCGAGGUCGCGAUCGAGAAACUGCCUCACAGCAUUCCAGAUUGGUGUGACGAGUUUCCCGUGGAGAAGAAAUUCUGGGAGAGUCUACCCGACGCGGAAGAACGUCCCUGGGACAGGAAACAUGCGUGGUUUAAGCUCCACAAGCCGGACGAGAGGAGGCUUGUCUACUGCUGUGACUUUCGAGCUUACAUGAAUCUCAACAACGAGUUUGACGAUCCGGAGAGCGAGCUGGGAAAAUGGACGAGGAAGUGCCUCGAAGGUGGGAAGCUCUACGUGAGAGACUGGAUGGUUCCGAGGAGAAAGGGAUUGAAGGCCAGGAAGGAGGACGUGGUUGUGGUGAAUUCCAGGGGCUGGAAGGUACUCCCUUGGCCGGAGUCAUGUCCGGAGUUUGAUAACGAGUAUCCAGCGCUGUCCAGGGCUGGCUGGCCGGACCUCGACUACUGCUUCAUCGUGGAUAGAUAUUUCAAGGAGAUUGUGUUCGUGACCGGGGAUCCAGCCAUUGCAAGCGAGGUGGCGAAUCCAACAUUGAGAAAUUCGCUCUUGAGGAGGAGGAAGCAUCACUUACUGCACGAUAUAAGGCAGGUCUAUAGCUGUGGCAGCGAGCCCGCUCCGGUGGAUCUCGGCUAGAAACUGCUUGCUCAAAAUUGACAGCGAAACAAGUAAGUCUCCUCUCGAUAUCUUAAGUUCGCUUGGCUAAGUGGUAAACGUGUCC